AUGCAGAAGGUUAUUUCAUGGAUACAUGAUAGAUUUUCACUUUAUGAUGUUAUUAUUGCGAUAUUACAGUUCUUCGGAGCUUUUGCCGUGGCCGUUGCUUCGCCUUUCCUUCUCAGACAGCUUCUUCUUCCUUCAUUGGUGAAAUAUUCGGUGCCACUUCAUUUCAAUUUCGAAACAUGCCGUGAACAACUUGCUGGCAUUUGCUCAUUCCCGACUGCUACAGUAAAUUUCUCAGUGGAAAACCCAAAAUUAUCACCAAGUGAAUAUUACGAAAUGAGCAUUGAAAUUGUUCAAUCACAAUCAACGGUGACUUCAAAUGUUGGCAUCUUCCAAGCUGUUGUUGAAUUGGUAGAUCGACUGAAUAUGAAAAGGAUAUUUCGGAGGUCAUGUUUUGCGAAUAGGGAUCAUGGUGUCUUAUAUCGUAUAGGUCAGAGCUGGUGGAAUUUGGCGUGCCAAACACUGUUUUUUCCUGUUUAUUUCUUUGGUCUGUUGACUGUGCUAGAUGACCGUAAAUUAGAAAUCUCGUUUACAAAUCGCUUCGUUGAUAGUGAUCUAGCAAACACUGCACUAAUUUAUGUACAACUUCAAAAUCGCUUUCUUGAGGUAGAAUCAGGAGAACUUUCGUUCAGGGUUUGCUUCGGUUCAUUACGUAUUUUUCUUCACGAUUAUCCAGUAAUUUCUUCUGUGCUAGUCAUGAUCCUUACGUAUUUCAUGUGCCUAACAGGAAUUAUUCUUUAUUGGACGCUACAGGCUCUUUUUCGUUGUUCUGAUCUUUCUAAUUUAAAUUGCACUAUCCCGACAGACGAGAAGAGGUCAUCGCCCUACUGGAAAUCUACACCGAAGCAGCAGCAACUGAGUCUGGAAAGAACAGAAAUAGAGGGAAAUGCAACAUUCCUCAUUUGGAAUGAUUUAAAAAGGAAUUCAGAUAAAGCUUCAGAAAGUUCUCCACAUCAACGGCAACAAACAAAACGAACGAAGCAAUAA